AUGAAACCGCAAGACGCUGCCCUAGCGCGUUUCUAUGGUCUGCCGAAAAUCCACAAGCCGAAUGUUCCCCUACGACCCAUUGUGGCGCUGAAAGGCACGCCUACCUACGGACUGGCUAAAUGGCUCGCAAAGCAUUUAAAGAGGCUGACAAACGGCUCAGAACACACAGCCGUAUCUUCAACACACUUCCUGAAAAAAUUCAAAGGGGUUGUAAUAGCCCCCGACGAGGUAAUGGUAUCCUUUGACGUCGUCUCUCUAUUCACCUCCAUCCCAAAAGAAUUGGCCAUGAAAGUCAUCAAUGACCUACUGGAGAGAAAGUACGACGAAGAGGGGAAACCGUUUAAGCGGAAGCACGUGAUGGAACUAUUGGACUACUGCCUACGCACGUACUUCACUUUUAAUGGUGAAAUUUACGAGCAAAUCCAGGGAACCCCAAUGGGGUCACCGAUUUCCGGCUAUCUGGCUGAGGCAGUCAUGCAGGAACUGGAAGCUCGAGUCUUUCAGUCCUACAAGCCGAAGUUCUGGAUGCGCUACGUGGACGACACCUUUGUCAUCUUACACCGGGACGCGAAAGAGAACUUUAAAAGGCAACUGAACUCCGUCUUCCCACAAAUUCAAUUUACCAUGGAGGAAGAAAAAGACGGAGUGCUUCCUUUCCUCGACGUUCAGGUAACGAGGCAAGAAGACAGAACGCUUCAGACUGGUGUCUUUCGAAAAGCGACAAACACGGAGAAAAUUCUCCACUACAACAGUAACCAUCCCCCGUCUCAUAAACGCAGCUGCGUCCGGACGCUUUUUCGUCGCAUCAACACACACUGCAGCACAGAAGCCGAAAAGCUGCGGGAGCGUGAAACCCUAUGGCACCUCUUCCUUGCCAAUGGAUAUCCGCGCAGUUUCGUAAACAAAUGCUUAUACCAAAGACAUACGAGGGCCGACCGUGAGAACACGCAAAGGCCUGCAACCUUCCGCGUUCUGCCUUAUGUGAGAAACGUCUCCGAAGCCACUGAGCGCAUGCUAAGGCCACUAAGCGUGGGCGUUGGACACCGACCGGAGGCCACCAUCCGCCGCUUACUCGUGCAACCCAAGGGCCGGCUACCACCUGCAGACACGUCAGGCGUCAUUUACCGCGUCAAAUGUCUCGACUGUCUGGCCAACUACUGCGGCAUGACGGACAAACGUCUGCGCACGCGCGUGCAUGAGCACGCCUUAGCCGUAAAGCGAAAGGAUGUACGCUCGCACUUCGCCAUGCACUGUCUAGAAAAUAAUCACGUGUUCGACUUUGACGGUGCCCAAGUGCUCGGCCGAGCCGAAAGCAAGCUGGCGAGAGAAGUAAUCGAAGCCUGGCAAUCAGACGCCAACUCGAUUAAUCGCAGUAUUGAUCUACCAGCUCCAUACGAGGCCAUCAGGCACCACUUGCGCGCGAGAGGAGAACCAAUAAGAGGAGAGCGAGAUCAACCUAUCAGGCGCCGGCACGAAUGGCCUAUUUAA